UGUGAUGAGCAAAGGCUACGCCAGUUUGAAAAAGGAAAAAACGCAGCCUGUAAACGCCUUGCGUUCUCCGGUGAGAUCAACCCACUGCUACCUACUUCAAUGCAGUAAAACUGAGCACAGUAACCUCUGUAAGGUCGUUGAUUUAGGAUUUUAUAUUUAGGCACCUUACGAACGUGAGUGGAGUCUAUAUAAUUAAGAGUCUUGGAUAAUGGAAUCGACUCCUUCAAAGAAUAUGAAGAGUGACAGUGGAUCGCCUUGGAGAGCUCCUCGAGGAAGGCUGAAAGAAUCUGACAACCGUCAAGGAGCACAAUCGUGGAGCCCAAGCAAGACUCAUCGAGCUAAAGAGAUGCACAGCAAAGUAGACCAGAAAGCAGCCGAAUAUGAAGAAGAAGUAGCCAAACCAAAUAUUAAUUACUUUUUCGACUCUCCCGUCUGCCUUGGAUUUCCGUUUGGGACGGAUGAAGAAGACGAUUACAUGAUUGGAAACCUGGAAUGUGAGUCGAGCAGACAGUCAUUUAAGAAAACACCCGUUGUUCGGCGUUUCCAGGAGAAACUACCCUCAAAACGCUUAACACCACCGCCUAUCGUCAUACCCAAGUUCCCCGCGCAAUUGAUGGAAACCCAAGGCCUAGAAACGGAGGAACACCCGCUAAAAUGUACGGAACAGAAAGACACGAAAAAAUGGUACUUCUGUGAUUGUUCUGAGGAAGAUGAGGAUGAAAAAGAAGUUUACGAGUUUGAAGAGCGGGAAUCCGGCCUCUCUACGAAACGGAGUACAACAAGCAAAAAGCACAAGUUUAGACUUGACGAGGUCGACGAGCAGUUCGGGAACUUGGAAUUGCUGCAGGAGGAAGACUUCCAGUCAUGCACUGCCCAAGCGUUGAAUGUUGAUAUUGGGAGCAGUGUGGGUGAUGCAUUGGAUCAAAGCACAGAGGAGGAGCCAGAGAUUAUCAAGAUAUCAUCAAAGGAGACACAGCAACCACCAUCCCGCCUUCAAAUGGUCCUUGAUGAAUAUCAUUCACAAACACGUGACUUCAGUAAUGAGGAACGUCUUGACACGUGCUUUCAACUACCUGACAUUGCUAUCGGCUACUUCAACGAGAGUGGUGGAAGCUUGUCCAUAGACGACUACGACGUGCAUCUCACUAUCCCGCCUGGUGCUAUACGACCAGACUCUAAUCAGGAAGUCUAUAUCCACGUAGACCCUCGUGAACCCCCAACUAGGGAAAAUGAUCCGACUGGGAUCACACUUUCAAGAUCUGUCCACUGCGGACCUCCAGGUGUAAACUUUGCAAAGACAGUAGUCCUGUCCUUCCCUCAUCAGGCCGAUGUGACAAGCAUCAAUCCUGACGAGUUAACGGCCCAAAUGUGUCAGGACGAUGAUCCACGAGAGAUGUGGGAAGAGUUUGAUGGAGACCUGUCAGUGGUAACCAAAGACAGAGUGAUUCUCUUUGUAAGUCAUUUUACAAAGUUUAAGCUCAAGCUUCUGACUAGACUGAUGUCAUUAGGAAGAAGUGGCAAACGACUCCUGGUAGGAGCUUAUGGAGAUGACCUCGCCCACAACGGAAGACCUUACCAAAUUCGAGUUUACCUUUUGGACGACGACAAAGCAGUUAAAAAGACUGUGGAAGCUAAUGAGUCUUCGAACCUACUGGACGGUUUCAAGAAUCUCAUAUUUCGAUGGGGUAUGGGCGAUGUGCUCGUUAAGGUCUCGCAACUCCCUUAUGGCUGUCAAGUGCAUGAAGGUGAACAACAGAUCAUCUACAAAACAAAGAUAAAGAAUCACCCAUCAAACUAUGUUACCUUCACCCUUGGCAACCUAUCAACCCUCCCUUACAAUGCUGAGUUGUUCUGUUCUGUGGAAGCGUACCAGAGAUGUGAAGACGAAGAAAGCACCACGCAGGAGUCAGUUCGUCUAUCGAUUUGUCCGGCUGCAAAGGCACAAAGCUGUAGUGAUGUGGAUACGUCAGUUUGUGACAGAGGCGCUGCUGGUGUCUGUGAACCGCAGUUAGCAGGGCCCAGUGAAGCUAACACGAACCACGGCAGGGAGAGUUUCCAGGACACAGUUAGACAAGGUUUUUCCAAAAGAGACAACGGCAAGAAAGUUACGGGAGACUGUAACGCUGUGAGGGAUAGUGACUUCUUGCAUAGGUGCGAACAAGUAUUGCAGCAAAGGGAAGAAAGCUACACCAGUUGUGACGCCAAAGGAAAACGUGUCUUUGUAGUCGAUGGCGGUUUCGUUAUUUUGGGGAUCUCUGAUGUAAGCAAUGCCAUGGCACAAUUGACCAGAGCCUUGCAAGGGAUCUCCACAGUGAGAACAAAAGAGAAGAAAAUGAGACUGUGGAGAGGUAUUGAAGAAUCAACACUGUUGAUGGUGUCUGGAAAGCUUGGUCCUGAAUGGGAGAAGCUUGCGAUCUUUCUUGGGUUUAGUCGAUCAGAUCUCUUCAGAUUCAAGAACGACAACCCUUAUGAUACCAGUAGCCAGAUUUUCCAAAUGCUUGUUGAGUGGGGAGAAGUGCAGUACCCUCAAGCGCAGGUUGAAACGCUUCGAACCAUCUUGAAUAGGAUCAGACGAGAGGACAUUGCUUAUAUAUUACGAGAUAUAGAAGAUUCAAGUCUUCGAGAGCUGUCGCAGAAGCUGGGACCUGAAUGGGAGGAGCUAGCAACACCCCUCGGCUUCAGUGCACCUGAUAUCCUCGAAAUCAAGAAGGACCUUCAUGACAGGCAGGACCAGAUCCUCCAAAUGCUGAUUACAUGGAGAAAUAAGCAGUUAUCCCCUGAAGCGCAACUUGAAUGGCUUUGCUGUGAGCUGACGACAUUGGAGAGGGACGACCUAGCCGACGAACUACGCGGUCGCGAUCCUGUCAGACCCCAACAACUUGAGAAGUAUCGAUCACCUUGCACGUGCAGACAGUCUCGUCUUAAUGACUGUAGUCAAACUUGCACCACAGCUGACCGAUCUCGUGCGGGUGGGCUUACCUUUAGAUAGGAGAAUAAACGUAGCAAUAUUUUGCACCAAUCAUGUCAGUGGAAAUUAUCUUCUUGCAUGCAUAGCAAUAAAUUCUUUUGAAGUACUGUUAAACGUAAUUUUUUAACUUCAUGCGUAGACACAAAAACACAUUAUAUAUGGGCUGUGUUUUUUUUAAGUCGAAUAAAGUUCAUGUUCUUGUAGGCCUAUUUGCGACAUAGUUCUUCACUUAUGUAUUUUGGCGACUGACAAUUAUCUGAGUACAGAGAAAAUUCCGAAAUACCUUAAAAUGAUGCAUCAAAUACUGUGAUUUACUGGCAAGUGCUGCUUCUCAUUUUCGUUCCAAACACAGAAAAGAUGGUUUUAAGUGGAACAAAUUUACUGAUGAAAGUUUGGAAAUUAUUUGUACAGAACGUGAAGAUCAAUAUCAUCUUUUUCAUGGUCUAUUUUAAUCCAUCAAACGUUUGCAUAAAAUGCUUUUUUUAAUAGCGUGAAUUUACUGAUUUUUGUAAUAUUUAAUAUUCCAUUCAGAUAUUAUAUUCAGAUAUGAUAUUGCAUUUAAUAUUGUUAAACAGGUCAUUUAAUAAACAAAACAGAUAUUACAAGUCAUGGAACCUUUGUAGAUAUAUGCAGAUCAGGACAUUUUAGUAGUGAAACCUGACAUCCUUUUUUGAAUGAACUUUAGUGUAUACUUAACGCAUUACAGAUGACAGCCCAAGAAUGAUAUCAUUAGUUUGUACUGCCUUGCAUUUGUUUGUUUUUUUUAGGAGCGAUUUAAAAUCAUGCUGCAAUGUGCUACAACAUGCAGCUGUGCUCCAACAAUCACACGGUCGUUUAUAUAGAAAGGAAUCAAUGCAGUAUUUCUGUAGCUUAUCAAUCAGCAUUUGCUUUCCGUUUACAUAGAAAUACAAAUAAAGUCCAAGGACUGAUUCACCUGCCACAGGCAAAAAAUGGUUGUCAGGAAUAAAGUGUUAACAAAUGCACUUUGUCGAAGUGUUUGCAACUUUUCAUCCACAACCGUAUAGCGUGCAUGGUGAUUUUCAAAAGCAGCCGUGUAACAUAACAUGGUUUAGUGCGUGGCAGGUGUCGGUAUCCGCAACCGGACAUUCUAUGUUGUCAUAGUUUUUUUAUUGUUGAAUCUUUUGAAUUCCGGUUGAAGGGCCAUGUGUAGAAUCUGGUUAAAGAUACGGUGCGUUUAUUUGGCUUGAUAUUUGAAAACUAAACUUAAACCAAUCAAUCAUGGCAACUUAUUUUCAAUGUGUAACCUUAUCCCAUUCCAUGAUUUGAAAUGUUAACAGUCUAAUAUUUUGUGUGUCCCCCUUUGUUUCUGAUUACUUAAACCAGAUUUUUCACCCAUACUGCCCUACAGACAAAUGUCACACAAGACCGGCCUUUGCAAACAUAUCAUUUAAAUGGGUUAGCACUACACUGACGUUAUGUACCACUGUAAAAACACAACACAAUGUAAUGCAGACCCGUCGACAGAAAUACCAAUGAAAUUUCAGGUGGUCUCAAACGUUUGCAAAUGGCUUUAAGUUUAAGUUAGUUUUUGCUUUGAUAGUUGUUUGAUGUAUCAGACAUUUUUAAACUCGUUGGCACUUCCAUUUCUCAUGUCUUACGUAUAUAGGGCCUUAUACGUUGGAACGGUCCUAAAUUCUCCAACAUGUGAAAAAUUAACAAAUUGUUCAGCUUAAGUAUACUUGAUAUACCAAUAUUUUUGUUUUAAGUUCAUUAAAAGAAUGUAUUUUCUAUCCGUAAAUUCAAAUGUUGUUAGAAAUAGUUUCGUCUAAACUUAAGAAAAUGGUUUACUGGCAAUAAACUGCUUUGUUUAUAAUUAUAAUCACAUAACUGUUGAUCAAACUGGCAAAUACAUGUACUGGAUACAAUAUGGAUGUCAGAGUUUUUGAGGAAGCGCUUUCGAUUAUUUGUGCAAGAAUGCACACGUUACAUCCAAAAGUGGGCCUAUACUACUACUUGCUAUAGCAAAAACAUGUAAACUUUAGGCAUCUGCAUAUUUCCUCUCUUAAUGCAAAUCCAAAUAUAAUCAACAAUAAUAUGCCUUUUAUAUUGUACAUACGACAGAAUCAACUUCUGCGCCUGAAUAUCACGUUUAACACUGCUGUACGCAUUUCCUACAUUUUGGCAGAGGCUGUUUUUACAUUUUGAAGUUUUCCAAUUUAAACUAUUAUGGAAUUAAUUAUCAACAGUUUAACUUCAAGAGUUGAGUCCUUAUUCAGAAUGCUAUGGAGGACAAAUAGGAGAUUUUUUUAAGAAGGUAUAAACCCUUGGAAAAUGAU